ACGUACAAAAACAAAGAAGCAUUGUUAAAAAGAAAAGAAAAGGUGAAACCCAGAAGCAUCAAUCGGGUUAGAUGGAAUCGGUAGCCCAGACGAAAGAAGUGCCUGCUGUACACAAACGUUUGCUUUCGCUUACCAUUCAGCAACAGUACUUCACCAGUCCAUAUAAAACGCGGCCCCGGCGUCAGUGGCUAUAUGUUUCACAUGCAUUAUCAGUCUCUCAAACGAAGAUGAGAAGCAUGAAGGUGAAUGGGAUUGCUGUAGCCACCGCCGUGGUUGCCUGCAGCUGGUUGAGCUUCCUAGCUCCCACCUCCAACGCCCAAAACUUCGACUUCUUCUACUUGGUCAUGCAAUGGCCUCCGGCGUUCUGCAACCAACCCGGUGCCCGUUGCAAGCCCAGGAUUCCUCGGACGUUCACCAUUCAUGGGAUGUGGCCCCAAACCAACAGCGGUGGCAGCCCUCAAGACUGCCCUGGCGCAGUCCCGGACGUCCGAAGAAGCGGACAAGUGGACGAAGCUACGCUAGGGUUAAUGGACAGGCAGUGGCCGAACCUGAAACGUGUGAGGAGAGGAAAUGGCAACAGCCAAUUCUGGACUUAUGAAUGGAACAAGCACGGCACCUGCUCCGGUUGGUCACUGCAGAGGUACUUCCGGGCCACAGUGGACAGGGCAUCCGGCGUCGACCUGCUGCGGGAGCUGCGAAGCAACGGCAUCCAGCCCGACAACCAGUUGUACGCGCGCAACAGAUUUGGGAACGCUUUGGGCCGUUACAGUGCCGUCAUCAGCUGCAACAACGUCAGGAGAAGGCGCACCAUCAGUAAGCAGAUCCAUGAGAUUUGGCUGUGCGUCCACAAAGAUGGCUCCCGCAUCUUCCCCUGCGCCCGUGGUACUCGCUUCAGAAACUGCGGCGGGGGAGCCAUCGUCUUCUCCUCUUGACCGAGGGGAACUGUGACCUGCUUCCUCUAUGGCUUAUAUGCUUUGCUCGUGUUUCUGUGCUGUGUGUAUCUAUUCAUUGUUGUUUCUACUAACCCUUCUUGUUUUCACUUUGAUGAUCAUGAAUGAAUGAAUAAAUGUGUG